AUGCCUGCUCAUGCAUGUCAGCGCACAAACUCCAACUAUUCCUGGCCAUAUUAUUCUGAAGCAAAUCUUAAUUCACGACCACAGAGCAGAGCCAGCGCCAAUUCUAAUUGGUCCAAGUCCUCUGACUACGUAACGGGCCAGCAAUGUGGGAGUACGCCAGUACCACAGCAACACAGUGACGCUUGUUAUGCUCAUGCACAGAACAUGGCUACUUAUGCCCACUACCAGCAGCGGGCACAACAAGAAAGCAUGUACAGGAACUGUUCACUUUAUGCUAAUAUUAGUUGCUCAGAUAGUAGUCAAGAGCUCUACAGUUCCUCAAACUAG